UGAUUAUUGCAUAGAAAAAUGUUGGGGAGCUAAUUGCAGACAUGUAAAUAUCUCAUUUGUGGCAGGAAUUUUUGUGCUUACACUAAUAUUUUAGAGAAAGGGUAAUGCUAAAAAGACCACAUUUCUAUUUGUGGUUGUCAAUGAUUAUUUUGUUACUUAAGUGCUUGAUUAACGAAUUUAUUUCUAUUAGUAACAUAUCACAUGAUUUAAAUGAUCCUCUGACAUUUUCCUUUGUAGACGAUAAUAAACCAUCUAUCGAAUAGAUAUAGGGUCUUCAAUACAAGUAUAUCUCAUCUCUAUUAGAGAAAUAAUUUAAAUAUGAUUUACAUAAUAUGGUCUUCCAAAAAUUAAUCUGUUGCAUAUACAUGUAGGUUAACAACUAAUUAAUAUAUAUUUUAUUGUUGCAGGAUAACAGAUUUGACACCUAGUUCAGCGUUGGCCAAACUUAUUCAAAAACCACCAGCUUGUGGGGGCAAAGUCAUAAGCUAUCAUGCUCUAUAAAAUAUCAACUCCUUUUUUCAUAUUUCUCCACAACACUCAAACAAUUAACUUUCCUCUCCCUCACGUCCUUCCUUCAGGAUAUACAAAUCAAAGACCAGAAUUCUCAGCUUCUUUCUCUCUCCCUCCACCAAUGGCACCUACCGUGACUUCAGUGGAUGCAUCUGAACCCAAGGUAGCAAGCAUCAAAACCUUAGCCGACUCAGAUGCUCUCACUUCUGUACCUUCCGAGUACGCCUACAUCAUGGAUCCCAAGGAUAAGGGAGAUGCAAAUGACCCCGAACACUCAAUCCCCAUCAUUGAUUUUGCUCUUCUCACCUCUGCCUCCCCAGAUGAACGGGCACAAAUGAUCCAGAAGCUAGGAAAAGCUUGCCAAGAAUGGGGCUUCUUUCAGGUCAUCAACCACGGUGUACCAGAGAGCCUGAUGAAAGAAAUGAUCGACGCGUGCCGAAGAUUUUUUGAGCUGCCGGAAGAGGAGAAGAAGGAGUUCCAUACAAAGAACCUGUUGGACCCAAUCAAGUGCGGCACCAGCUUCAACGUCGCAAUUGACAAAGUUCGUCUCUGGAGGGAUUAUCUCAAGGUCAUCGCACACCCCAAAUUCAACUCACUCUACAAACCUGCUGGGUACAGUGAAGUUUCAUUGGAGUUCAGCAAAAGAACCCGUGCAGUGGCAACCGAAAUAUUGAAUGGGAUAUCGGAGAGUUUGGGACUGGAGGCCGAUUACAUUACCAAGGUCAUGAACUGGGAUCGGGGCUGCCAAAUUCUUGCAGCGAACUACUACCCGGCUUGUCCACAGCCCGACCUGGCAAUCGGUAUUCCUCCACAUACAGAUCAUGGACUAGUGACGCUCCUGAUUCAGAAUGAUAUGUGUGGACUUGAAGUCAAGCACAAUGAUCAGUGGGUCUUGGUGAAUGCCGCUCCGGGCGCCUUUAUUGUUAACGUUGGUGAUCAAAUGCAAAUUCUAACAAACGACAAGUACAAGAGCAUAUGGCAUCGAGCAACUGUGAACAACACAGCUACUAGGAUAUCGAUUGCCGUACCACAUGGACCGGCACUCGACACGCCCGCUGUACCGAUCCCGGAGUUGCUAGAAAAGGAAGGCGAAAAAGCGAAGUACAUUGGAAUGACGUAUGAGAAAUUCAUGGAACUUCAGGCAAGCCCCGCUGCCUACAUGAUGCCUUGCUUGGAUCACCUGCGGGUCAAGGACAAUUGAAGAAAAUACAUGCAUGGCGGCCACUUGCCGGCGUUUCUCUGUUUUCUUUGUGUAGAAUAAUAUAUGCUCCUGUAAGAGCUUUGAUUCUCUAUCAGAGUAGCUUGCAGAGUUGUUGUCCAAUGUUUCUUGCUGUACCGGUCUUUGUCUUGUGUAAAUUAGUGGGACCUUCUCAUAUCAUCACAGUAAUAUGUGUAAAACAGUGGGACCUUUUCAACAA